AUGGAAGACGAACAAGAUCAAGUUCCUUAUAAUAACAUCGAAGGCGAAUAUCUUCGCACAUCAAAUUCGAAUACAAAACUGAGCAAUGGGCAUUCACCGAACCAAUACUCGUCGUUUGGUGCCAAUCCGGAACAAUUUACUUGUCAUCAUUGUAGCCGAAAUUUAGCCGGUUCACGAUAUAUCCUCAAAGAUGAACAUCCUUAUUGUAUUAACUGUUAUGAAGAGCAAUUCGCCAACACAUGCGAAGAAUGUCGACGAAAAAUUGGAACGGAAUCCAAAGAUCUUUCGUACAAAGAUCGACAUUGGCAUGAAAAAUGUUUCUUCUGUUCGAUGUGUAAGACACCUCUCGUGGAUAAACCGUUUGGUUGUAAAAACGAGCAACUCUACUGUGGCGAAUGUUACAAUCAACAGUUUGCAUCAAGAUGCAACAAGUGUAAUCAAAUAUUCAAACCAGGAACAAAGAAAUUGGAAUAUCAUGGUGAACAAUAUCACGAACAUUGUUUCACAUGUUAUGCCUGUUCUCAACCAAUUGGAGUUAAAAGUUUCAUCCCGAAAGAUCAAAAAAGCUAUUGCGUUCCAUGCUACGAAGAUCAUUUUGCAACGAAAUGCACACGUUGUCUUAAGGUGAUCGCUCAAGGUGGUGUAACGUAUAAAAAUCAACCAUGGCAUCGCGAAUGUUUUACAUGUACAAAUUGUAAACAAUCCUUAGCUGGCCAACGAUUUACAUCUCGAGACGAACAACCUUAUUGUUCUGAAUGUUUUGCUCGUCUUUUUGCCAAGAAAUGCUAUGCAUGCAGCAAACCAAUUACAGGGGUGGGCGGUACGCGUUAUAUAUCAUUCGAAGAUCGUCAUUGGCAUAAUGAUUGUUUUGUAUGUCAACAUUGCCGAAGUUCGUUAGUUGGACGAGGCUUUCUCACCGAAGAAUCCAAUAUUCUUUGUCCGGACUGCGGUAAACGUGAUCAAUAUUAUCCAACGGAAAACACAGGUUAUAAUAGUGGACAUCGAAGUAUUGUGAAUGAUUACCAGAAAAGCAAUUAG